GGUUAUUUUUGCUGGUAUUUCUGUCAACAAUCUGCCUUUAAGUUAAAGCAGUAUUACCAAUACAGUUUCAUAAAAGAAAAUGGACAAUUGUUUUCUCACUGAAACAGCUGCUGCACGUAUCCAAUAAUUUGGAGACCUUUAAGUGUCCAUCAUGGAUAGAUUUGUGAUACGAAAACCCAAAGCUCAAGAAAGCCCUAGGAAAAGAGAUCCAGGGGAAAAGGUUUACAAGCAAGCCACUAUAGAAUCUCUGAAGAGAGUGGUGGUUGUAGAAGACAUAAAAAGAUGGAAAUCUGUCCUGGAGCUUCCUGGCCAGUCUAAAGAGAAUUUGAUCGAAGCUUUGGAGGAAUUAAAGAAGAAAAUACCUUCUAAGGAUGUGUUACUUUCAACAAAAAUAGGUCACACGGUUAAUAAGAUGCGCAAACAUUCAGACCAUGACGUGGCCAAUCUCGCAAAAGACGUUUACACUGAGUGGCGAACUUUCAUCAAAGAUUAUUCAAACAAACCAUCGAUAGAAGUCAGGAGCGAUCCCAAAACAGAGACUCUCAGGAAGAAUGCACGGAAGCUACUUUGCGAUGCUCUGGAACUAGAGAUUGAUCACCCACUGGCUGAAAAUAUUGAGCGAGAAGCUUUUCAUCUCUCUUCCCGUCUCAUUAAUGCACCAUAUCGCAGGACAGUGCGAGCCCUAGUCUUCACGUUAAAGCACAAACCUGAAACCCGCGCACAAGUCAAAACCGGUGCACUCCCAGUCAGUGCGCUUGUACAAAACCAUAAGAAGUGACUCAGAGUGCCUGGUGCUGAACGUGGGAUUCACGUGUCUAUGCCACAUAUUGGGAUUGAGAAGCCCUUGUGUUUUAAGAGUGCAGGAGCACUGGUCAUGUUAAUCACUCUGCCAUUGUAAGGACAGGAUAUAUCAGGAAGGUGUCUGGGGCAAAUUCAGUGGAGAUGUAAGCGGUGGUGUAAAUUAAUCAUCUGUGAGUCAGUGGACAUUUGAGGGAACAGAAUGGGUGGGGUUGUAGCAGGAAAAGCACAUAGGCCUCCCCUACUUUGCUUUAUGCCUUCUUAAUUACUUUCUUACUUACUUACUUGGUUAAUUUUCCUGCUACAAAACCACUCUUCUGGUCCCAUAGCAUGUAAGUUGUAUCAACUUGCACCGGCAGAACCACACAUCACUUGCACCACCAUUUAUGUCACAUCUGAGGGCAAGUCUACACUACAGUGCUACAACAGCGCAGCUGCACCGAUGCAGCUUAGCUACUAUAGCACAUCUGGGAGAGCCCUCUCCCAUCGGCGUAAUUACUCCACCGCCGCGAGAGGCAGAAGCUAUGUUGGCGGGAGAGCGUCUCUCGUCGAUGUAGCACC